UUCGGAUGGACCAGUUAAGGCUGGACCACUACUGGGCCGUGGCCCAAAUUGUAUUCAUUCUUGUUUAACCCGCCCACGACCCGACCAUAAACCCAAUCUCUUCUCUGGUUCUGGUUCCUCUGUUACCGAUACCUGGAGACUGGAGUGAUGAACUUCUCGUCACACGUUUCGUACACGACGGGUCGUACUUUCGCCACCACCUCUUCUCCUUCUUCUUCGUGGAGAACAAAACCGAACCUUUCCGCUGGAAUUAAGUCAAAUAAAGUUGACUUUGCGCUGACCAGAGUCCAUGUUCAGCUUCGAAGUAAUGGCAGCAGCAGCCGCCGCCGCAAAACGACGUCGUGUUGUGCUCGGACGAACGCAAUGGAAGUGGAAAAAGAAGCGUUCUAUUUAGUCCGGAAAGGAGAUAUUGUUGGCGUGUAUAGGAAUUUCGGUGACUGUGAGGCCCAGAUUGGUUCUUCGAUAUGUGAUCCUCCUGUUAGUGUGUACAAAGGUUACUCCUUGCCUAAGGACACUGAAGAACAUCUCGUGUCUUUUGGACUUACCAAUGCAAUUUACACUAUCAGAGCUGAAGAUUUGAAGCAGGACCAUUUCGGCAAGCUUAUGCUCUGCCCUUUUCAUGAGCCAGCAGCUUCAGAAUGUGAAGAGUCUGUCACGGAUACAUCUGUAAACGGUUCCGAUGAAGUGCCUGGAUCAGAAUAUGUGGGCUUCUGUACCCUCGAGUUUGAUGGUGCAUCAAAGGGAAAUCCUGGACUAGCUGGUGCUGGAGCUGUGCUGCGAGCUGAUGAUGGAAGUUUGAUCUGUAAAGUUCAUGAAGGACUGGGUAUCAAGACCAAUAAUGUUGCUGAGUACCGAGCUCUGAUUUUAGGGUUAAGAUGUGCUCUCAAGAAAGGUUUUACCAAGAUUCGAGUCCAGGGUGAUUCCAAACUUGUUUGUAUGCAGGUUCAAGGUUUAUGGAAGGUCAAAAACCAGAAUCUGUCUGAUUUGUGUGAAGAGGUGAAGGAACUAAAAGAAAAAUUUGUCUCCUUUGAGAUCAGUCAUGUUCUGAGGGACAAAAAUUCAGAGGCAGAUGCUCAAGCAAACUUGGCAGUUCGUCUUAUAAAGCGUCUAUUUUCUUCAAGGCCGUCUUCCUCCGACGUCGUUUCGAGCACGGCUGCUGACCUUGCCGGCGUCGGCGAUGAUGAUGAUGAAGAUGGGCCCGUCUACUCUAACCCAGCUUCUUCUGCAUCGGAGGCCGUUUUGCUACCCACUCUGCUUCAGCCACGUGUGGUGGUCUUCGAUGGGGUCUGCCAUCUCUGCCAUGGAGGGGUGAAGUGGGUGAUUAAGGCAGACAAGCACAGGAAGAUCAAAUUCUGCUGCCUACAGUCUGAGACAGCUGAGCCUUAUCUGAGAUUGUGUGGGCUUGAUCGAGAGGAUGUUCUUCGUCGAUUUUUGUUUGUUGAAGGCCCUGGGCUAUAUCACCAAGGCUCCACUGCUGCGCUGAAAGUAUUGUCAUACUUGCCUCUCCCUUACUCUGCUUUAAGCACACUCAUGGUAGUCCCAACUCCUUUGAGAGAAAUUGUCUAUGAUUAUGUUGCCAAACGACGCUAUGACUGGUUUGGCAAGUCUGAAGAUUGCUUGGUUUUGAAAGAGAAAGAGUUGCUCGAGCGUUUCAUUGAUAGGGAAGAGUUGAUGGCUCGAGGUCGAUCAGAUUUCUAAAUUAGCUGCAAUCAAGCAGUUUUGCUUAUGAAUUGAUGUAAGGAAAUGAAAGUACAACAUCACUAACGUAGUUUGAUUUAAGGGCUCAAUCCAGUCACCUAGAUCAACGAGCUUGAUAUAACAAGCACAAUAUGAUCCAAUAGUUUUACCAUAUAUGGCAGCUUUGGACUGCAUAUUCUUGGGUCUGUACAGAUUGCUGAUAUUUAAGGGGUCAUCAAAAUUCUAA